CCAAUGAUAACUCUGCAAUUCCAAGGCCCAAUUGGCGAGGUGGGUCGUCUCUGCCAGGCGGUUGUGUGUGAUCUUGUACGAAGGGAGUCUAUUGUGCCAACUACAUUGAUCCACGUGACUCAGGAUCCUCUCACUGCCUCACUUCAAGCUGAUAUGCUUGCUCAUUUCCCUGUCUCAAGAUCUUAA